CCGAAUUUUCCGCGCACAACUCGAGAAAAUACCAUCGCAUCGCCCACGACGACAACGGAAGCCGUGCCUCCAAAGCCAACCGCGCGCCGGACUACGAACACCAACACCAAUACCCGCGACAGCCGCUACGAAACGCAGCCAUGGCGGACGCUUCCAAAGAUGCGCCCUUCAAGUCGGUGCAGGUCGAGGCACUGGUGGUGAUGAAGAUCUCCAAGCACUGCUCGGCGACGUUCCCAACCAUGGCCACCGGCUCGCUGGUCGGCAUGGACAACGACACGGUACUCGAGAUCACCAACUCGUUCAACUUCCCCACCGUCGAUGUCGCCAACGUCGACAGCCACCAGAGCGAGCGCGACGCCUCGGCCCAGGCCGCCGCCGCCCCCCGGUCCAAGGCCAACAUUGCCUACCAGGCCGAGAUGAUCAAGUAUCUGCGCGAGGUCAACGUUGACGCUAACAACGUCGGCUGGUACUCGAGCGCCACCAUGGGCAACUUCAUCAACAUCAACUUCAUUGAGAACCAGCACCACUACCAGCGCGAGAACCCCAGGGCCAUCGCCCUCGUUCACGACGUCAGCAGGAGCUCACAGGGCGCCCUUUGCCUGCGCGCCUUCAGGCUCUCCAACAACUUCAUGGCCGCCUUUAAGGAGGGCAAGUUCACGACAGAAAACCUGCAAAAAAUAAAGCUCACAUACAAGGAUAUCCUGGUUGAGCUUCCCGUUGUCGUCCAUAACACACACCUUCUCACCACUUACCUCCACCAAGUUCCCGCGCCACCACCCUCCAAGAGCGAGGUGAGCCUACCGACUUCGCUCGCGGAGCUGCAACGGAAUCCGAUCAGGGGCCCGGCCUACCCGUCGCUCGACUCGUUGGAGCUGUCGAUCGACCCGUUCCUUGAGAAGACGUGCGACCUGCUUCUGGACAGCAUCGAGUCGCACUACACCGAUCUCAACAACCACCAAUACUACCAACGCCAGCUGACGCGUGAGCAGACCAAGAUCACGGCCUGGCAAGCGAAGCGCAAGGCGGAGAACGCGGCGCGGGCAGCGGCCAAGCAGACGCCGCUCCCGGAGGACGAGUGGAAGAGGCUGUUCAAGCUGCCGCAGGAGCCCAGCAGGCUCGAGGGCAUGCUGAACGCCAGACAGGUGGAGCAGUACAGCAAGCAGGUGGACGGCUUCACGGCGAACGUCAGCGCCAAGAUGUUUGCUGUCAGGGGGGGCCUCCUGACCGAGUGAAGCGGCUGAGCGAGUGCGGGAGACGGAGUGAUUUAUUCAUGUGGACAAGCAGGCAGCCAGACUGCUGGCUAGAGCUUGCACCAGCGGUUUCACCAAACCCCCGGUGUUCCGCGGCUCCCCUGAUCCCAAUCCGGCUGCUGACGCAGUUUGCCGCUGCGGGAGCCACUAAUGAAUGUGCAUAUUGUAUGGCGUUAACGGUACUUUUUUUUUCUGGUCAUGGAUACUUUGGGCUGGGUGAAACUAGGGCACGUCGGUGCAGGGCCUCGUCUUUGUUUCGCGGCGCCGAGGGAGUUCUUUUCAAGAGAAAAAACUAGAUAAAACCCUGGGGCUCAGUGAGCGGGGCCAUGAAACAGAUUGGGAACAGACUGCCCGAGCUUGGGUUUUGCUUGUUGUACACGCAAGUCUGCUUGAGAGCUGCAUAUCGGCUUUGGAUUCCAGCCAGUGCUAGGUGCCGACGCUGUGAUCUGCAUGCAAAAGGAAGAACAGGCUCGGCCCAGAGAUGAUCUCGGCCCCGAAAGCCGAGUCAGGAUCCUAGUCUACCCGCCGUGCACGGUGAUGGUCUUUUUAGGCCGAGCUCGAUGAGGGGGACAACUGCCUGCCCCUGGGCCAUGGAGGGACAACGCAAGAUGUGCAGCUCGACAACAGUCGGGCAGCUUGUGCAGAGUAAGCCCAAAGGGGAACUAAAGUAGGAACGGUACAAUGUGGCAGCAAGCAAUAGGACAACAAAGAAAAAAAAACGUUGAGGUGCCACCCGUCGACCAAGACCCGUCAACCAAGGGACCUAAUGACUUGCCGAAGUCUGGAUUUUAG